AUGGCAGCAAAACCUCUACUCAUCUCGGGGUUAUGGAAAACAAUUGGUAUGGGUCAAGAUACAAAGGUUUGGAGUGAGUCUUGGAUCCCAGAUGUAGUGGCUCGACCGCCUAAGUCUGCCGACCACAUUGUAUACAGAUUACCCCAACUCCUUGUUCAGUCCUUUAUUAGGAAUGAUACCAAGGAGUGGGAUAUACAACUUCUACGAGAUUUUUUCCACUCAAAUGAUAUACCCUUGAUACUUGGGCUGAAGCCAUCUCGCUCUCGUGCUAUGGAUGGAUAUGUUUGGAACCACACAAAAUCAGGAGUUUAUUCAGUUAAAACCGGCUAUGACCUACUUCGAUUGAUCAAGUUGAGUCUUUCACCGAAAGAGGCUUUUGAACCAAGUAUCACGGGCCUACAAAGCCAUGUGUGGAAGAUCAAGGUCCCGAGUAAGAUGAAGCAUUUUUGUGGCAGGCUAUCUCAGGCUGUGUGGCGACGGCAGAGAGGCUCAUGUAUAGACACAUGGGCACCGAUAGGAGUUGUCCUAGAUGUGCUGAUCCAGUGA